UGCUAUGCGAUUUGUGUUACAAUGAUUGCAGCAUUGACCUCUACCGCUGUGUUCCCUGCAAUUACAAUAUUCACUGUAGUUGCACGCCCCUACCCCCUUCUGUUAAGCAUGAACUUCACAUCCAUCCAAUGGUGCUCCGCGAUAGAGUUGUUGAUGAAUUUUAUGACGACCAAUACUGCGACCUAUGCGAGACAACUAGGAACCCAGAACACGGUGUUUGUUAUUACUGCGACGAAUGCAGGUGUGCUGCUCAUAUCGACUGUGUCAUCCCCAAGGUAGAUCUCGAGCAACACAAACUCGCGGAGGACCUUAUGCUCAGGAAAUUGGAUGAAGAAAUUGCUAGUGUAGAAGCAGAGAUGGAGGCAGUGAAGAAAAAGCUGAAGGUACUGAUGACAAAACUGGAGGGAGUUAAAAAAAGAGAAAUGAGAUAG